AUGACUGGCAUCAGUAUUCAGGAUGAAUGGACAACAUUAAUGAAGAUGAACCAAUACUGGUGCUUCAAUGAAGGUAGGCUUCAAGUACUGGAAUGCAUUUUCACAUUCCAGUCCCGAGAACAGAUUGAUAACACUGACAUUACUCUCACCAUGGCUGGUGAAAACUCUAGGUCCAGAAGAUUGCCUCUCCAAGACUUUGCCGUAUUCUCGGUCCGAAUCCUUACUACCAUUGCAGCUUUCUUCUCUCCACCGUACGCUUUACGUGCAUACGCUAAAGAAGGAAGAAAAGCAAGUGGAACCAAAGAUAAAGUAACUGGUGAUCUUAUAGCCCAAGCCACAGGCUAUGGUGGCGGCGGAGGUGGUUAUGGUGGCGGCGGAGGUGGUUAUGGAGGAGGUGGUUAUGGUGGCGGCGGAGGUGGUUAUGGAGGGGGUGGUUAUGGUGGCGGCGGAGGUGGUUAUGGUGGCGGCAGAGGAGGAGGCAAGAUCCAAUUACUUGCUGUUCCCAUUUCGCUAGGAAUUGGCAGAGGCCAUGGUGGGGGCGGUGGUUAUGGAGGUGGAGGCCGCGGUUACGGAGGCGGAGGCGGUUAUGGUGGUGGUGGUGGCAUUACUCUUCUUGGUCUUGUGAGCGGCAAAGGAGGUGGUGGCUAUGGUGGUGGCGGUGGCUAUGGAGGUGGAAGUAGCGGAUAUGGAGGUAUAAGCAGUGGAUAUGGUGGUGGAAGUAUUGGAUAUGGUGGAGGAGGCAGUGGAUAUGGUGGAGGAAGCAGUGGAUAUGGUGGAGGAGGUAGUGGAUAUGGUGGAGGAAGUAGUGGAUAUGGCGGAGGAGGUAGUGGAUAUGGUGGAGGAAGCAGUGGAUAUGGCGGAGGGAGUAUUGGAUAUGGCAAAGGGAGUAUUGGAUAUGGCGGAGGAGGCAGUGGAUAUGGUGGAGGAGGCAGCGGAUAUGGUGGAGGAGGUAUUGGAUAUGGCAGCAGUGGGCAUUAA